AGGGGUUAGAGAGGCUAAUGAGCCUGAAUGUACGGAUCUAGCUUUUGCUCCCCAAAUACAUUACAGACACUUGCUCGCUUACAGUCAUUCAAGUUACCUUUUUUGUGUGUGUGCUCAACUUGAAGCAAGAAUUUCGCUGAACAAAAUGAGAAUCCCAGAACUUCUUAGAGAAAAAUGAGAGAAACCUACUUGUCUGCUUCAACAAUGUCAUGAUUAGAUCUGCUUAAGAAUAAGAUUUGGGUUUUUGAGUGUUUGAGCAUCUUGCUACUGCCCAAGUCAUGACACUCCCAUUUCGAAAGGAUUUGGACAAGUACAAAGAUCUUGAUGAGGAUGAAAUUCUCUGCAAACUUUCAGAAGAAGAACUGAAACAACUGGAAACUGUUUUGGAUGAUCUUGACCCUGAGAAUGCACUUCUGCCAGCAGGCUUCCGACAGAAAGACCAGACUGCUAAAAAGGCUUCAGGUCCCUUCGACAGGGAGCGACUCCUUGCAUAUUUGGAGAAGCAGGCUCUUGAGCACAAAGACAGGGAAGACUAUGUGCCUUUUACAAGAGAAAAGAAAGGGAAAAUAUUUAUCCCCAAGCAAAAGCCUGUACAGACUUACACAGAAGAAAAAUUCUCUCUGGAUCCAGAACUGGAGGAAGCCUUGACCAGUGCCACAGACACGGAAUUAGGUGACCUUGCAGCUAUACUGGGAAUGUCCAACUUGAUAACAAACAAUCAGUUUUGUGAUGUAGUAGGAAGCAGUAAUGGGAUUGACAAAGACAGCUUCUCAAAUAUAGUAAAAGGUGAAAAAAUGUUGCCUGUUUUUGAUGAACCACCAAAUCCCACAAAUGUGGAGGAGGCACUGCAAAGGAUUAAAGAUAAUGAUUCCCGUCUUAUUGAAGUUAAUCUAAAUAAUAUUAAGAACAUACCAAUUCCAACGCUGAAAGAAUUUGCAAAAGCCUUAGAAACCAACACGCAUGUGAAGAAUUUUAGCCUUGCAGCCACCCGAAGCAAUGAUCCUGUUGCUGUUGCUCUUGCAGACAUGCUGAGAGUAAACACAAAAUUAAAAAGUUUAAACAUAGAAUCAAACUUCAUCACUGGAGUUGGAAUUUUGGCACUGGUCGAUGCACUGAAAGACAAUGAAACAUUGACAGAGAUAAAAAUUGAUAAUCAGAGGCAGCAACUGGGCACAAUUGCAGAAGUAGAAAUUGCCAAGAUGCUUGAAGAAAACACCAAGAUCCUCAAAUUUGGAUACCAUUUCACACAACAGGGACCUCGAGCCCGGGCAGCUGCAGCUAUCACAAAAAAUAAUGAUUUGGUUCGCAAGAGAAGGGUUGAAGGAGACAACUAGCAGAUCUUGUUGUCAAAACUGUGGAGAUUUCAAGGGUUGUCAAGGCACGCUCAUCACCGUGGGCUCUGGCAAUCUUGGACUACAUUUACCUGGGUUAGAAGGGAAAAGACUGGAACCCCCAUCCUUUUUAAAGCAAAGCUAUAUUAAUAAUCUGCUGGUAUGUAUCACGUUUUUCAGAUUGAGACACAGUAACUGCACCAGUCUCUGUACCAUAGUUUCUGACUGGUUUUUUAAGAACUUUUUUGUAUUUCAAGACUUUGGCUGUGCUUUCUACUAAAAAUGUAAUUGCAAAUCAAUGGUAUAAUUGUCUGUAGUCAAAGAAUGGGACAUUCAAGAUCAUUGGGCAAACUGAAAUGUUUGUUAGAAAAUCUGGGGCUGCUUAUUUAUGUGGAAGGGUGUGUAUAUUCUUGAAAACAACGCAUUAGUGAUAAAGGAUUCUUCACAGAACAGUUGGACUUACUGUGUAGAGCUGUUCAGCCUUGUUCAUAUGCACUGAGGAGAAAUCUUUCACAGCUGUCUUAUUUGUAAUUCUACUUUUUUUAUUAGUUCUUGAUACUGUGAUUAAGUUUAAAGACAUCCCUUUACACCAAACAAAAAUAAAUUGGCUAAGGACUUCUCCCAAGAGAUUUGAGGGACUAAUAAAAAAAGUGGAAGCCUUGGGUGGGAGGGUCAAAAAAAGUAGGAGCCGUGCAAAAUUACAGUUUUUCUAUUACAGCUAAAUCCUUCAAGUCUUUUUAAAAAGGUCCCUUAACUGUAUCUUGCUCUGUAUUUAAACUGGAUAUGUUUUUAGAUUGAUUUAAUGUGUUCAUCAGCAUUAUUUAGUUUAUAUUCUCUGUUUAAAAAUCCUUAUCUAUGUUCAUAAGUAUCAAUUUCUCUAGGAGUAGUGGACAUGCAUUUGUUAAAUUUUGCAUAAUUCUGUACAGGAACAGCAGCCUUAACUGUAAAACCACUGUCCUAAAUUGCUGGCAAAUGGAAAAAAUCCUUUUUUUUCAAGCUGUUGUAUUAAGCUAUUAGUACUUCAUAUAAAUCAUAUUUUAAUAAAGCAAUGGAGUAACACUUUUAAGAAAGGCUUUUUCUAUUUAUGUAUGUCUUGAUGUUGAAAUGCUACAUAAGACAUGCAGAAAUUAACACAUAUGCAGUGUGAAAUCUGUGUGGGAUACUGAUUAUUAAGGCAAAAGAAUCACUUCAACUUCUGUACAUAAUCAGUAGACUGAAAUACUAUGAAAAACUAGAGGCUUUUUGGUGUAGGUCUGUACUGUACUGUACUAGUUUUCUCAGUGUCAUGAGAUCAUAAACUCAAACAUCCUAAAGGAUUGCUUGGCUAUAUUUAUAGCAACGGAAUUCAACUGACAACUGUUUUCAUUAAAGGAUCAUAAUAUGGUGUUUUAUGUAUAGAAAACAUAUUGGACUGAGAUUUUUGCAUGAGGUUGUAUAUACUAUAAAUUAACAGAGCAACUCACUGACACUGUGCCCAUGUUAUAAUUUGCUGCAAAUCUUAUUUUGGAUCUUUAAAGACAGACUUUAUUUCAGAGUUAACUUCAAAUUUUACUGCAACUGUACAGAAAAUUUUGAACUACAGUGCUAUCAGUGAGGUUGUAUGUAACUGGUUUAUACUUGCAGAAGAACACUUUUUUCCUAUUUUGAAAUCGGUCUUUUGUUAUAAUUACAAAUAAAUGUGUGCUCUGAUAAGCAAGUCAGAAGUAAUUCUGUUAAAACCAAAGACUAUACAUACUAUAACUUCAGAACAACUACAAGUGAUCUGACUAGUAACAAGAUGGGCUUCUUUUGGUUUUGGCUUUUGUAAAUUGUCAAGAACUCUCUAGGUUUUGAAAUUUAAUUUUUUAUAUAGUAUGAAUACAGUCACAAGUUAAGUGUCUUUUUACAGGCAGUGCUGUAUAAGCAUAGCCAAAACAUGUCAUGUGCUGAGUUGCCUAAAGCUGUACUUCACUUUUUAUUUGCUAGGUACCAUAAUAAUUUUGUGUCAAAAAACAGGCUGUAAUGUCUUCCUUCAUUUGUUGAAGGGCUGCAUGUUCAUGUAUUGUGAUUCUAUGAUGAUCUAUUUUAUCAUUAUCUAACAAGAUGAGGUAGUUAUCGCCUACUUGAAGGAGAAAAAUGAAAGGCUGGAUUAUGGAAAUGAGAGCCCAAAUCCCUUCCUUACUUUCUUAAAUCAAGUUUAGCUGCUUAAUGAUUUAUAUUCCAAUCAAGGGCAGGGCCUUCUAAGGUGCAACUGUCGGGUGUUCUGUCACAGAUUAUAGUAGUGGACCUUAAUAAUUGGUUUAGCUCUGUAGACAGCAGCUAAGUAUUUGACUGCUUAUUGGCACUUUCAGGAUGGGUAUCUGGCAGACUGGGCAGAGAAAACUAGGGUGUGUGGGGUUUUUUCCAACCAGAAGGGCUUGGCCUUGUUGCAAGACGUUUGGCAUGGUGCAUGAGAACAGUUACAACAAUCACUUUUGAGUGUAGAAUCUAUAUCCUUUUUGGAAUAAAUGAAGGACUUCAGUCUGUAGACAGGAAUCAUAAACAGUUUCAACAAGCAAACUGAACUCUCUGAUGUAAUGCUAUCAAGCGUAGUGAGAUCUUGUAUAUGACCUUAUUUUUUCCUGAGUGCAAAAGUCACUAUUUUGAUAACCGGCUACCAUAAACACAAGGUCUUUUUCCCAAAAGAGGUGAUACUUUUUUCUUCUUGAUUAUUUUCCAGACUUAAUGCAGAAGUGAAAUGACCACAUACAUUGAUUCUCUUGGUUCCAAGCUAAGCAUGGAAACGUUAGGCUAUAUUCCAGAGCAAUUAUCUAUUUACUGUUGUAUUUUUUAAAAAUAGCCUCAUUCUCUCUCAAGCUUGAGUAAUACUGUUUGUAAGCUACAAACGAGCAAGUGUUCAAUGUAAAUUUCCAUUGAGGAAACAUGAAUUGAGUGUUUUAGCAUAUCAGUACUAUAUGCUGUCAGAUUGUAAACCAGUAAAAUUUUUGGAUUAUUAAAGUACUGUGUUCUUGUUGUG